GUCAACUUCAUGGCGGAAGGACACUUGUUGAGGAAGUAAUGUAAUGUGUCCUGAUGCAGAAACAAGGGGCUGCACCACUGUAUGCCGAUUUUCAGGGACUCCAAUUCGGUGCCUCCCUCAGUCAAGCUCAGUGGUAUUGGGCUGACAUAUCCAGAUCUGAGGCCAGUGAGUUCUUGAGCGACACUCGGGAUGGUACGUUUCUAGUGAGAAAUUCCAGUACCCCGGGAGAGUACACUCUUGUUUUAAGGAAAAAUGGAGGUAACAAGUGUAUCAAGAUCCUGUCGCACGGCGGAAAGUACGGGUUUACCGACCCGUGUGAGUUUGCUUCUGUUGUGGAACUGGUGGAGUAUUACCAGCAGCACUCUCUCAGCAAACACAACAAGUCACUCGAUAUCAGACUGCUCUACCCAUUCCGCCGGUCGGAGAACUCCUGGCUUAUGGUAGAAGAUGAAUUUGAUACACCAUACACUAAGCUGCAGAAGCUGGUCACAGUCAACAAACGAUACAUUGAAAAGAAGCGGGAGUUCGAUGCAGCCCACGAAGAUCAUGAAAUUUUACAACAGGAGUUGCAGAGAAGCCAUCUUGCCUUGGAGGCAAUGGAGAAGAUUGAGAAGAUGUUUGAAGAUCAAAAGUUGGUACUGGAAGACAGCCAGGAGGAGAUCCUGCCUUCCUCACCAGACUCCACCAAAAUACAACAAAACAUUGCCUACUUGAAUUUUCGACUGGAACAACUGAGGGAUAAUACCAUGAAGCAUAAAUCCACUCUUGAAAGCAUCAACAAGAAUAUUCAGGAACUGGUCGAAUUGUUCUGCAUCCUCCGACCCGAGGUACGGGAAACAACCAGACAGCGAGAUGAAAUCAGAAGAAAUGUUCUCGCCGAAGGUCUAUCUCCCGAGUUUGUCGACGGAUUACUUGAAGAUGAGAAAGACGGCAGUCUGAUUCACAAUGACAAGUCCACGUGGUUUGUCAACACCGACCGCGACAUGGCCAUUGCCCUGCUCAUGAGGAAACCACAUGGAACGUUUCUAGUCCGACCUAAAUCCAGCGGAGAGGGUUCUGCGUUAUCAGUGAUGUGCGAUGGGAAGGUAAUACAUUGUGAAAUCAUUCACAUCGCUGGACAUGGAUAUGGCUUCACAAAAGACCUCUGUUUGUUUUCAUCAAUAACUGAACUCGUCAUCAAGUAUCGGAGAAUUUCAUUGGGUGUUCACAACAAGGGAGCAGACGUGACCCUGAUGUACCCAGUAUACUACUUCACUGAAGCUAAUUAGACUACUUAAAGGGACAGACCCUAGUUUCAACUCGUGAAAAUUAACACCAAGUUUAGUUGAUCUACAAACCUAUAACACAUAUGGAUAAAGUUACAAUUGAGUGAUACAUGAGUCUGUGACUUUGAAAUGGUGAAAUACCCUCUAAAAAUAGACUAAAACUCGCCUCCAUAACUGUUACUUAUCAGACGCAUGUGCGUUUUUAAAAUUAUGAGAAAUGCAGUUUGUGAUACUAAAAACACAAGGAUGACCAAAAACACUUUGAAUGUAUGGCAAUUGAUAAUCAAAACCAUAAAAUCUAAGUAAAGUAUGAUUUCAUUUAUCAAAAACAGAUAUAAUAAUCAAAAAUAUGCCUUAGUGUUUAAAAACUAGGGUAUGUCCCUUUAACAACAACUCAAAUCAAGAAAGUCAUUGCUACUGGACAUCAAAAUUAGGAACUUUGUUGCCAAAUAGAAUUAUAUUUAUAAAUUGUUGUAUAUUUUCUUUACUUAAUAACUACAAUCUUAUCUUCCCAUAAUAAAUAUUAUUUACUGAUGCAAAACACAGACAUAACCACAGUUUUAAUCAAAUAUAUUUUCACUAUAUCAUAUUGGCGGGAUAUAGCCAUGAUUUUAUAUUGAGUAGGGGUGGGGUGGGCACCCAUACUGUCGGUGAGUUUCAUUAUGGGAUGAGAGGCAAAUAUGAAAGGUAGUAGGUAAAAUGUGGAUGGGAUGGAUGCCAACCUGGAUACAUCAGUACUCCAUCAAUCAAGGGUCUGACGUUUUAGCUUUCUAUCGGGUUUGAGGUCUCAUCUUUUUUUUUUUUUAAAUAAUUUUCACAAAGUAGAUUAUAUUUGCACAGCUUUUUUUUGUACAUAAAAUAAUUUCUAUAGAGUAGAUUGAAUUUGCAUUGAAAUGCUGAAAAAUUACCUUUAUUUAAGCAUGAUAUAAAAUGCUUAUAUCACUUCUGCUUUUAUUUUUAAACUAGUAUCACGGUUAUUGUUAAUUACCUUCAUGUAUUGCUCUAAGUCUCUUUCAAAUUUUUGAUCCAUUGUUUAACCAAAAUAUCUAGAAGCUUCCCCAUUUGUAAUAUUUGACUAAUGACUGUGUAUUUUUAUAUAAUGUAGAUAGGAUAUACACUUUAAAAUGACAUCUGAUAGAAUGAAACUUAGUGGAUGAUCAAUUCUAUAGGCAUAAAAUACUACAAAUAUCCCUGAAAUUGCAGCUUUAAAUGUAUGUAGUCCUUUGAAAACAAUUUCUUAAACACCCAUACUUUUUAUGAAAUCACACAUCAUUAACACACAUGUGUAUUAUCAAUUUAAAGACAUGAUUGGCUGCUCCUAAAGUGAUUUCCCAGCCAAUGAAAUAAGCUCAAUUGAAAUUGAUUGCUCUGUUAUGUACAAGUUCCCCUGAAACUGAUUGCUCUGUGAUGUAUAAGUUAAUAGGAAGUGUAAGCACCAUAAAUAAGUUCUAGUUUAGUUUAUUUUAAACAUCAUUUUUGAGGAUAAGUAAGAAAUAGAAUGCUACAUUCAUGUCUGUUAGAUACCAUUUAUCUUACAACACGUUGUUUAAAAAUGUAUUCAACUUGUUUUCACUCAGUUAAGUUUUGAACAAAGCCGUAAGAUAAAUAUCCACUGGCCACUCGUAUAGUAUUCACUAUGCAUGGUAAGUCUGGUUGAAACUUAUAGUCUCUUGCAUAGAACAGCCAUUUCCAUGAUACAUCCAUUUUACUUUUAGUUGUCUAAAUGUUUAAAGACCCUGGAAACCAUGCCUUGAUACGACCAUGUCAUAAUUUUAAUAUGUUGUAUUAGGUUUUUGUAAGUACCUUUAAGAAAGAUAUCCUAUAUUAUUUAUUACCUCAUGCAUAUUUUACAUGACUUCCGAUUGGUUCAAGCAAAAAACUAGUUUAAUCCAGAAAUAACAUAAAAUAUUGUUAGAGGACCAUGCAUCUUUAAUAAACGGCUUUUUUUUAUCUAGGUUAAAUCAUAAAUUUAUUACAUUAUUAUUUUUGUUAUAGUUUAUAGUAUUUGUUUUGUGAAUACAUUCAUGUUGUAAAAAAAUUUUUAAUUUAGUGGAAUUUUUUAAACAUUAGAUAUGGAAAAGAGUGCAAAUGUUAGCUCCAGAAAAUUAUGGCUGAGUUUCUUUCUAUUUUUAAUGUUAAAAUUUUUUAAAGAUAAAAUUAAAACAUUUAUCUGAAUCAGCCGAUUUGAGAUUCUUUAUGAUAUAAUGUAUUAAUAUUGUAAUUUUUUGGGAUGACUCAGUAAAUUAUAAAGUUGAUGGUGUUGUGUAAGGCUAGAGUCCUGGAUAUAAUUAAUUAAUUUAAUGUUACAAACCCAUUAGUGAGGGGUUUUUUUGGUGUUUUUUUCAAUACCUAACAAUCAUGUUAUGUAUUCGUUUUAAUAUCACUAAAUGGUGUUAAAUGUUGCUAUAAAUUAAGUUUUCACUAAUAUUCUAUAGUUUAUUUGUGUGAAGUUUUGGUCUUUUCAUAUAUAAAUAUAUAUAUAUGGUUACAACAGUCUGUGUUCUUUAGAAAUAUUUAUAAUAUACACACCUUAAGUUGUAAAUUGUAUUAAAAUGUAAAAUAUUACAACUUGACUCUUAUUUGUUACAUGCAAGUGUUUGGAGUGGUAUAAUUACUGUUAUAAAUGUACACUGAGUUUCUCAACAGUUUGGUACUUUUGUAAAAUGUAAUAUGUAAUGUUAAAUGAGGCUAAUAAUGUUGGACCUUCUUGUUUCACAACCGCCUGCCUUUAAUAUAUGAGGAAAAAUGCUUACUUAUUGCAUUUAGUUGUGUGGAAGAAUAUGUACCGCGACAUCAUUUAGCAGUUGAGUGGUAUGUUCUCACACUAAAUGAGUGCAAUAAAUAAAAAACAAACAACAACAUAUAUAUUUUUUAUUUAUUACGUACCCAUUUUAUCAAAUAAAUUCAAUAUUCACAGCACUGUUUCUACACACUGAAAAUUAGUCUGUCAAUAAUUUUAAUAACACUAUAUAUAUAAACAGUUGACUUUGCAUGAACAGGUUGAAUAUGGGAGUUUUUAGUUCUUGUUUAAUGGAUGACAUUUGCAAUUUUUUGUAUUUGCUUUCUAGGAUAUAAAUAAAUGAUAUAAAUUGGAAACAUAUACACAUUUAGAUUGCUACCAUUAUAAACAAGACAAUUUUGACUUAUUAUAAUUAUAUUGUUACUUGUUUACGUAACAAAAUAACUUAACCAAAUAAGAAAACCAUACCUGUUUUAAAAGUAUGUGAUGGUUGAAACUAGGGGAGGCUGAGGUAGAUUUUGGUGUUUGUUUUUUGUUUUUAAAAUAUUAUUUCUGUGAUCUGUGUCAAUAAAUAUUUUGUAACAUAUUUAGCCUUGCAUAUGACAGGACACCAUUACACAGCCAGUCUUAAUAAGGGCAGUAUAGUAUUCUGAGAAAAUAACAAUUAAAAAAACCUUGUGACGAGCAAAAAAUAUAUUAUAUGCUUGAUAUAAACAUAAGAAUAAUUGGUAACCUCCAAAUCCCUUCAGCACAUAUUUAUAUUUAUUUUAUUUCUAUAUCGAGACCACACAAAUUUCAUUGUUUGUAUAUAUUUUAUAUACAGAUUUUUAAUGUAUCUAAUUAAAAACAAAGUUAAUUGAAGUGAUUAAUGUUUAACUAAGAGAAUGUAGUAAUAAUUAUUGUUGUAGAAGUAGACCUCUUUGUGGAAGAAAAGGGCUAGAAGAAAACUUGAUGUAAUAACUAAUAUUAUUAUUGUUAAGUUUGAGAAUUUGUAUUGGUUGUUUUUGUAUUUUAGAAGUUUACACUGUAAAUGUUAUUGUUUGUAAAUCUUUUAUUUUAUCAGAACAAAUAUGGUAUAAUGUAUAUCAUAAAAUUAAUGUAUUGUGAUAUAAUUGUGUUACUAAAGUUGUACACUAAAUGCAUAUAUAUGGAAAAAUUGACAAAUCCAACAAAAAUGCUGAAUUGUUUUAACUUUUUAACUAAAUUUAAUUUAUUUUCAUCUGAAUGAUUUUAAUGUACUUCACCCUCAAAAUAAUCUGAGCAAUAUUUCUGUGAAAUUCUUGCAGUCCCUGGCUUGAAACAGACCUGUCAACCCUCCCGGAUUCCGCGGGAGUCUCCCGGUAUUUGAUCAAAUCUCCUUUAACCUGUGCGGGAGACAAUUUCUCCUGUUCAAUGACAUUUUUAUAAGCAUGAAAAAA